UAUUUUUAUAAUUAUAAAAAUAUUAUAAUUAUAUUUUAAAAAAAUAAUUGCAUUUAAGAUAUACAGGCGAUGCAUCUUUAUUGUAUAACUAUUUUAAGGAAUGAUAAAAAACCUGCUCAAGUGCUUGCGAUUACUACAAAUCUUAGUUCAUUUGGUUUUUUUGUUAGAUCAAGUAUUUAUGAGUUUAUGAUGUUGUUUAGUCGAAUGGUUGCUGAAGAAACACAAGUUAGACAGCGUAGAAGUUUUGAACAAGACAAUUAUGUUCUUCAUGUUUAUUCACGGUCUGAAGGUGUUGCUGGUGUUAUUGUUUGUGAUAAAGAAUAUCCUUUAAGAGUUGCAUAUUCUCUUUUAAGUGAUCUUUUGGAUGGAUUUUUAAUUAAAUAUCCAUGUACUUCUUGGCCUGAACAAGGAAAUGAGCGUUUAUCAUUCGCUAUGUUAGAUGAAUAUAUUGUAAAAUAUCAAGAUCCUAAGAAAGCUGAUAGUAUCAUGAAAGUUCAGCAAGAACUUGAUGAUAUAAAAAAUGUGCUAUUUCAAACCAUUGAUUCUGUUCUUCAACGAGGAGAGAAGUUAGAUGAUCUGGUUCAGCGUUCAGAUAUUUUAUCUGCUCAAUCCCGGCUGUUUUAUAAACAGGCAAAAAAAAAUAAUUCAUGUUGUAAUAUUUCAUAGAAUGUUUUUCAGCAUAAUUUA